CAAAACAUUGGUCAAAACUGUCAACAAACGUCAUCUUGCAUAUCUAUCAGAAUUUUCUCAAUUUUUCGUGUUCGUUCAUGGUUCAAUGAAAAAUUAAACCGGAAUUUUAUGAAAUUGCAUUACAUUGUGUAAUACAGGCGUUACAGCCAAUCCCACAAUGCCGCAAGCUCGCCGCAAAACGCCGUUUAGCGGAAAAGCCAAGAAACAACAACUGCAGACUAAGAAGAAUAAGACGCUGUUGCUGUCUACAUCCCCCGGCAGCAGCGGCCAGGAUGUGAUCGCGGUGAACUACCAGCCCCAGCGCGGAGGUGGGCGCGGGGACCGCAACAAGUAUGCCCUGAAGUUCUACCGAGAGUCUGAUGCGGAGCUGCAGGCGCUGAAGGAAGAUGCUUUAAAAGCCCUAAACCCAGUAUCAGAAGAACAGCUGGAGGUGGACCCCCGGGCCUAUUUCCCCAAGGAGGUGUCGUUUCCGAAGCGCCCGCCGUGGAACCACAACAUGACCCCUGCACAGCUGGAUGCACAGGAGCAUAGGUACUUUAAUGAAUACACGACCGCCCUGGAGAGGUCCCCGCUUUGGAAGGAGAUGUCUUAUUCUGAACUCAACCUGGAGACGUGGCGGCAGCUGUGGAGGGUGCUUGAGAUGUGUGAUGUUCUACUGUUGGUUGUGGAUGUUAGAUACUGCGGCUGCAUGUUCCCGCCAUCCCUCUACGAGCACAUAACCUCACUCAACAAGAGCAUGAUACUAGUGCUCAACAAGAUAGACCUGGUGCCAGCCGCGGCGGUGGCGGCGUGGAAGCAGCACCUUACUGACCGGUACCCCGGGCUGAAAGUGGUGUAUUUCACGUCGUGUCCCGGGUACAAUUUGCGGGGAGGGACUAGUGAUAAGGCUGGUCUCCAAAUCCGUCGCCGCAAGGGUCGCCAGCGCAUGUGUGCUGAAGGCGCCUCCAAGAUCCUCGAGGCUUGUGCCGAGCUGGUGGCAGGAGCCGUGGACCUCGGACCCUGGGAGAAGAAGAUCAGGGAGGAAACCGGGGAGUAUGAUGAUGAUGAGGAGCCGAAGAGACAAGCCGAAACCAUAAUCCAAAAGCCCGACACCACCUACUACGAACACGAGAAGUUCAAAAACGGAGUGUUAACCAUAGGCUGUGUGGGACAACCGAAUGUGGGCAAGAGUUCGUUGUUAAAUGCUUUGAUGGGACGAAAGGUCGUGUCUGUGUCCAAAACGCCCGGACACACCAAGCACUUCCAGACUAUCUAUCUUACUCCGCAGGUCCGUCUAUGCGACUGUCCCGGUCUAGUCUUCCCUUCGACCGUGCCCCGCCCCGUGCAAGUCCUAAUGGGGUCGUACCCCAUCGCACAGCUCAGGCAGCCUUACACUACCAUCAGAUACCUGGCGGAACGCCUCGACCUGCCGCGCCUGCUGCGCAUGGAGCAUCCAGAGAAAGAUGACGAGUGGUCCCCGAGGGACAUCUGCGACGGAUGGGCGAAGAAACGAGGCUAUCUGACGGCUAAGGCUGCUAGGCUAGACACAUACAGAUCGGCGAACAGCCUUCUCCGAAUGGCUCUGGACGGCAAGAUCUGUCUGUGGCUGCGACCCCCGGGGUACUCUAAGGAAAAGGAAAAAUGGGAGACCUGUGACGAAAUAAAAUACAUCCGCUGGGUGCAGUCGCUGACAGAAGACGCUCCGGAGACAGUGUCUGACAUAGACGUGUCAGACGAUGACAGGGGCCCGGUGGAGAGCGAGCCGACUGAUGAUGAUGAUGACGAUGACGACAGCAGUGAUGAUGGUGCACGUGUCACUGUCAUGGCGAAUAAGUUUGCCGCUUUGGGUGGUGAUGAUUAGUUUGUUUGAGAUUCAGAGUCUUUCGAAAUAUAACCUAGUCAUAACAGGGUUUAUUUUCGCACCUACUUUGACUAUUUUAUCAUCUUGAUCCUAUUGCCAAUUAAUUUUGUAAAAUAAAUUGUUCUAUUAAAGGCUUAAUUUUUAAAAAUAUCACAAUUAAAAUAUGAUUUCACUCAUUAUAUGAUUUAUUUACUCAGCUAAAAGCACGUAUGUUGUGAUUUGUAU